UGAUAGUAAUUUUCAAGAUCAGGUUUACGCUUGAAUGAGUCAUAAAUCGAUUUGAGUUGUUUGUCUCAUACUCUUGCAUAAAUUAAUGGGUGGGUAUGUAUUCUCGUGUCCCUUGCCAGGCUCUAGGGAGGGUGGAGACUCCCCUUAAAGGGUCAGUGUGGGUGUGACCUUACAGUAAGUGAUCACGGUAGAGGGCCGGACAAUGGAGGGAAAGGGAAGACCUGACGGACGGGCUUCACAGGGAGCUGUGGUCACACGCACUCCCACAAACCUUGGAGCGAGAGUCUGCUUCCACCGACUGGCCGAGGUCCCAGAGUAGACUUGACGAAAAGAGAAAGGGAGGGAAAGUUUGAGGUAUUAUAGCAAACCUAGAGAGUAGUGCAUAGUGGUAGUAGGUAGUACAUGUGACAGUAGCCAAGAAGAGUUUGAAAGAGUUACUGAAGCUUGUUGCUUGCAAGUUGGAGUCAUUCCACUCUGAUUGCUAGGUGUCUGCUGUCAUUCAAGUCUUUUUUUAGUGCUUUAUUUUUACCCUAGGACGGCUUUCUUGCACACCGUGCCACAAGUGUGCAUGCUUCUGCCCUCAAGCUGCAAGUAAGCUUGUGUGUGUUUCAUCGGCGUCUACUUGAAACCAAGCCAUGGCCGACACAGACUUCAAACUGGAGCGUGCGGUCUUUGUCGAAGUCUCUGAUGACGAUGAGGAGGUCGCCUUGGUGCUUGCUGCCACCAAACCUGCCACCACCUCCAAGGUGUUCAAAUCAAAACGAGGUGACUAUGAUGAUGACGAUGACGACGACGACUCAGCAGAAGAGGUGGACCUGGUUUUGGGGCCAGGACUCGAUGGAGGUGGCAGUGGUGAGGCCCAGAAAUCCGAGGCCCAGGCUACCGGCAUGAAGGUCCUGGCACUCCUAGACAAGAUCAUAGGUGUGGUGGACCAGAUCCAGCAGACUCAGACAGGCCUCGAGGCCAAGCAGGAGACCAUGGAGAAGAACAUGAGCAGCAUCCAGACGGAGCUGGCAAAGCUGGCGAAGAGUCAUGUUGGAACGGCUGGGACGGUCAACAAGCUCCUGGACAAGGUGCGGAAGGUGAACGUCAACGUGAAGAGUGUGCGCACGGACCUGGAGAAGCAAGUGGGACAGAUCAAAAAACUGGAGAACAAUGAACAUGAGCUCCUCAAGAGGAAGAACUUCAAAGUGCUCAUCUUCCAGGACAAGGUAAAACCUGUGAAGGUCUCUAAGAAGCCAGUGGCUGCAGGAGAGGAAGGAGAGCUGGUGCUGAGUGAAGGAGCAGAGGAAGACCAUGGCUCUGAAGAGGAAGUUGAGGUUGAGGAGAUCAUAGAGGAAUCUCGUGCUGAACGCAUCAAACGCAGCGGCCUCCAGAAGGUGGACAAGCUGAAGAUAGCCUUCAGCAAGGAGCAGAUGGACAAGACCAGACAGAAAACCAAGGAGAACCUGGAGAAAACCCGACAGAGAACUAAAGAGAACCUGGAGAAGACACGUCAGAGAACCCGAGAGAACCUUGAGAAGACCAAGAAGAGCCUGGGCAAGAAGAUGGGUAAGCUAGGAACAAAGAUGACGCCUAACACCGAGCGCCGGGAGAAGAUCCGCAGCUCCAGAGAGAAGAUGAAGAAGUCACUGACGCCCAAUCACACCAUCUACGCCCGCUCCAAAUCAACCACCUACCGCGUACCGCCCUUCACCUUCCACGUCAAGAAGAUCCGUGAGGGUGAGAUCGAACCCACGCCAGAACCAGAGGAAGAGGAAGAGGAGGAGCAGGUGGAGCAGAACGAGGAGGUCCAUGAGGGUCUUGCAGCGCAGGAAGGAGGUUUAGUGUCAAGGCUGGAGGAAGGUGAACUGGUCAAUCUUGACAGCCCGGAGAUGGAGGCCUUACUAGAGGCAGCUGAUCAAUCACGGCUGGCGUUCCAGGAGACGGUGAGGCCAAGGGAGAAGGCCGGCCAGUAAGUCCAACAAGCUGAGCCCUGGGAAAAGCUUAUCACAGAAAAAUAAUGUGGAGGUCUGGAGAUAAAUCAGGCUGAAAGGAUGUAGAGAACUGAGAUGUGCUUGAGGACGGAAUAAAGAGCAAAUGAAUGAAGUCGACUGGACCUUUGGCUGAACAUUUUGUUUGUUUGUUUGUUUCUUAUUAUACUCUCAACCCCAAGGUUGCAUUUUUUGUUUUGUUUUGUUCAAUUGUCAAUUUUUUAAUUGACUAAUGGUCAAUUUUGUGUCAAAUAAAAAAUAAUAAAUCAAAUAAUUUUAAAUUUGAUUACCAAGACUUAAUCUACAUUUAAAAUCUUAAAAAACAAAGGAAUGUGGAUGGUGGAUGUGGAGAGGUUUGCACUCCGCACAAAUAUUUUCAUGAACACUCUCAUGGCGUUUAGUUCCUAUAUUAGACAUUUAAUUUUAACUUAUACAUUUGGAAUCAAGGCCUAUAUUUAAUGAACACCUUGUGUUGUUUGUACUAUCAUGUGAUGUGAUGUCUGCUAAUUUCAACAGUAUAAAUUAAAAGCAGGCUCUACUCAUCUUUUAGAACAUCCGGGCUUUGUUUUAAUUUCAUGAAUGAACUGCUGGAAGCUGUUGAAAGUGAAAGCUUUAAGGUGCAAGAAAGUAUGUUGUCUGUUGGAAAUAUUGUUGUGAGGGAAAGUAAAUUAAAAAAUAUUUAAUUAAAGUGAAAAUGGAAAGAAAUAAUUACAAAUAACUACUGACUGAACUUUUUUCUUUUGAAACUGAAGGUUUUAAUAAUGACGUGGGUUCUGGCGAGUUGUUUUGUGGUGUAAACACUGAUUUGAAUGUAAUCCAAGCUCUUAAGGUUUUAAAUGCUUCACUUUCUGACUCAGACUUUAUGUAAAUUAUGAAUUGCUUCAUAAUGCUUCAUAAUGUAAUCUUUGAUCUAUAUAUGUAAACAAGAAGCUCUCAAAAACCUAUAAGAUCAAGUGGAAUAUCAGUCUCUGAAAAACUUCAGAAUUCACUUUUAUUCCUUUUGUGCUAAAUUCAUUGGACUGUUUACUUUGUUUGUACAUAUACACUUUAACAUGUUCAAAGUUAGGCUAUUACCUUUCAUAUAAACACACAAAUACUGUAUUAGGUGACCAGGGACCUUCUCAAUGGAAAAGUAAUGCUGAUAUAAUAGUCAUUUUGUAGUCCAGUUUACUGAAGUAAAGAGAAAUACAGUACAUCAUAGCUGUAUCCUAUCUGAGAAUUCAGCUCGAUUAUUGAUCUUUCAUUGUACUUUAAGUGCGUUCAUAUCAAAUAAUUGGCCCACAUUAUUGCAAAUAGCUUAACAGACAAAUUUUACAAACAAUACACUCCCUGAAAAAACCUUUUGUAUCAUGCUAUUUAUGAUCUGGUAUUAUGAAAAUGUCCAGUUGUUGCAGUGUUCAUGACACAUAUGGGCAAUAGUCUUUAAGUGUGAAGGUCUAAUGAAGCUGCUUAUUGCUCUGCUGCUAUCCUUGUGAGAUUUGUGGCUGUAUAAAUGGAUUUUAGGUGUAGGUUGAUUUUAAUAAAUAAAAGUGUCCACCUUUGUGCUGUGAGA